CCUAAUCACCAGUAGUUAUUACUUCCAGUUUAUUAGUGAAAGUAAAUUGUGACAAACUCAAAAAUGGCACCAGCUUACAAACUCACUUACUUCGACGGCAGAGGCCUUGCAGAAACCUCCCGUUUCAUCAUGAAAUACGGAGGAAUCGACUUUGAAGACUGCCGAAUUAAACGAGAAGACUGGCCCCAAAUUAAAUCAAAAUUUCCUUUUGGCCAAUUGCCAGUUCUUGAACACAACGGCAAAACAGUGAACCAAAGUCAUUCGAUUGCCCGAUAUUUGGCCAAACAAGUCAAACUUGCAGGAAACGAUGACUGGGAAAACCUCGAAAUUGAUGCCAUUGUGGACACCUUCAACGAUUUGCGCUUGAAAAUUGUGGCCUAUUUCUACGAACAAGACGAAGAAAAAAAGAAAACUAUUCUGGAAAAUCUCAACAAGGACGUUUUCCCCCAAUAUUUGACACGUUUUGAAGAAAUUGUUAAAAAGAACAAAGGAUAUUUCGCUUUGGGACGGCUGACUUGGGCUGAUUUUUGCUGGGCAGCUGUUUCUCCAGGUUUCGAUAUGAUUACAAAAGUCGACACGAUUGCGAAUUAUCCAGAAUUGAAGGCUGUUAGAGACAAAGUUAAUUCAUUGCCGGCCAUCAAAAAAUGGAUUGAACAACGACCCAAGACUGACUUUUAAGUUUUUUCUUUCAAUAAAUUGUAAACAUUA